AUGCGGCCUCACAAGUGUCCCAUUUGCGGUGCAAGCUUCCCCACGGGUCAAGCCCAUAUUGGUCACAAAACCCUCCAUCAUCAUCCCCAAGCUUUGUCUUAUGCCCCAUCCCUAUCGUUCAUGUCCAAUGAGAGACUCCACAAAUGCCCAAUUUGCAACGAAGAUUGUACCCUAGGAAAAGGUCUCCUUAUGCUUAAGCACUACGAAGUCAAUCUCACCCGUGCAGCUAAAAGGCAACAGACAAUAGAUUCCUUCACAUCCGCUAGGUCGAUCUCUUCUUCUUCUUCAUUGAAGCCCCUCCUCAAUAUUGAUUUCAACAAGUUUUCGGAAAUAUCUUAUUUUUUUGAAGAUGUCGUCCCUUUCUGGAAGGAACUCAAUGCUGCUGUUGUUGCUAUCCCGAGAAUAAGGCACUACCGGAAAUCGAUUAUCCGCUCGUCAUUCUGGUGCUACCGCCGCCACUGA